UCUGAGCCCACACUGGAUGUGGUUCCAGGGAAGGGGGUCACCCUGCAGUGCGAAGCCGCCUGCUGGGUCCCGAAGCCCGACGUCACAUUUCUUGACGCACAAGGAAACAUCAUCGACGCCGAAGCCUCGAAGUACCAUCAAGACACCCGAAGCCGAUGUUACAACGUCACGAGGAGAGCGACCGUGCAGGCGGGAAACUACUUCACCUGCAGAGUCAACCAGUCUGAGAUUAACCAGACCAAGACCGUAAAGAUUCACGUUCCAGAUAACUGCACAAUACCCAGGACAGUGGCCAUCAUCGCUGCUGUUAUAAUGUUUUUAAUUGGAAUUGGAAUUGUAUACCAAUGGAGGAACUCCGAACGGGUACGUAAAUGUGUUUGCGCACAAUCAUCAGUCCAAAGUUUAACUAGCAGCAAAAGUCAGACAGACCAGGCUCCACUUCUCCAAAAGAACUCCGAGCUCCAGAAAGAAAUCGAUGAACUGAAGUCCAAACUUCACGACAAAGAUGAGAACAACUCCGGAUUGACCAAAGAAAUCGAUGAACUGAAGUCCAAACUUCACAACAAAGAUGAGAAGCUCCGCGUAUUGACCGAAGAACUCCAUGAAGUAAAGUCUCCAGAUUUUCUCACGACACUAACCCCAAACCAGCAGCCUCCACCAGCGAGAUGCUCCCCAAGAAAGAAAGGCCCCGUGUCCCCGACACGGGAGACACCGCAAGCUCUGCGUUCGGGGAGCUUCUCCGAUUCUCUGCAUCGCCUGUCAAACAACCGCUACCAAGCUCUGGCCGACUUCCCUGAAAAAGACUCGUAGAAGAAUCCGUUGCUGUAAAUGCGAACAGAGUCGGGAUUGGCGAUGCGUUCGGGUGCCUUUACAACAAAUGUUUACGAAAUGCUCGUAAGUGGGUUUUUACACAAAAUAGCUACUUGAAUUAUAAUGGGGAGUUUCUCCUGUGCCGGUGGAGGGUUUCGGGACAGAGGAUGUCGUAUGUGUACAGACUGUAAAGCCCCUCGGAGGCAACAUUGUAAUUUGCGAUUUUGGGCUCUACAAAAUAAAAUGAAAUGAAUUGAAUUCAUUCAGCAACAUUCAUACAAAUAUGCUAAACUGGCUGAAGUCGGGAAACUUUCAGUAAUGAGAGAGGAGAGGGACAGAGAACGAAACGGAGAGUUAAUACUAGCGUUGUGUCUCCCCCCCCCCCCCCCCCUCUCUCUCUCUCUCUCUCUCUCUCUCUCUGGAAUACAUUGUUGCAGUGGUUCAGGGCAUUUUCCCAUUAUUAAAAUGGAUUAAUAUGGAUACAAUGUUGCAGUUGCCCCUUUGUUCGGUUUUUGUUGACACUGCAAGAACUGCAAAAUCUAAAUAUCUAUAUAAUUUGUUAGCUAUCUAAAUAUUAGAUAAUAAUUCCACGAAUGAGCAAACUGUUCUUUCAUUGGCCCAUGUUUAUUGCCAACCAUAAAUAGGCUGUUUCUUUUCUUUAUUUUUUUUAAUUGGGGGGGGGACGAGGUUGGGAUAUAGAAGGGGGUGCGUGGCCUAAAAGGUUUGGGAACCGCUUAAGAGGUUACUUUAAUAAAGCUGUUAUGAUCCAAAUAUCGAGUACUGCCAAACCUUUAUUUGACAAAUCCUAUUACUGUUCAGUAUCUCAGGGUUUCUUUUAUUCCCCUGGAGGUUUAUGUGUUAAUAAGCAUUCUGUCAACUAUCAAGAAUUUAACAUGUUUGAAAAUGUUUUUUACGCUUUUGAUUACUUUACACUAAUAAACGUGAACUGUAUUUGUUUAAUAGCAAAUUACGAGCAAGUGAAAGAGAAUUGACACAUUUCCAAUACAAACGAUUUCCAUUUUCUCUGAUUUGAAGCUUUUUUUAAAUGUGUAUCAUCAUUUGACAUUUUAUUCAUUGUUGUUGUUCAAGUCUCACCAUAAAUGACCAUUUAUUUACCUGUCAUUAAAAUGCUCCUUUUAAACGCGACUCCAAGGGAUUGACGUUGUUUUGUUUCUUCGACACAAAUGUCCACGUGUGAGUUUGUCCGAUGUUUUGUCCCUGCUCACCAACAGGGACAGAUGUCAAUUCAAUGACUUUGGGACUUUCCCGUGACAGUUUGUGUCUUUUUGGUUUGUCGACUUCUGUUCCACUUCCUGUUGGCAGGUGUGAACUUGUGGGUGAGAGCGAGCUGAAAGCUUUAAUGUCUACGUGUCCAUGUAGCAGUUUGUGGAGGCCAGAAGUCCUUAUGAAAUACCUUUUUGCAUGUAUCGGAUGUGUUUAAUAAAAUAUUAAAACCUAGUCAGAAUCGUAUGUCUACAUAUUUUGGGUCAGUUGAAUCGGGUCCGCUGCAUCGUGUUUGGUCCCAGGCCACUUUAACUCCUCCUCCUCGCUUCUGGCGUGUUGUUUCCUGUGAGUAGGAGGAUGUGGGUGGACCUUCUGUCAGACGGAGGUGAGGACCCUCAACAUCAAGACAGGAUGGAGGUCACAUCGCUCUGCCUGGUGCUCUCCGCGUUGGCCGUCCACCCCGACAGGUCGCAGUUCUUCGUGUACGACCGCGUGGCGCUGACCUGCGGGCCGCCGGGCUGCUCCGGCGGCUGGACGCUGCAGAGGAACACCUCCACCCACGCGGCCCGGACGUGCCCCUCCGCCUGGGGGCUGCAGACAAACGGCUCCGCCUGCGUCAUCGACACGGUCUACCCGUCGGACAGCGGGGUCUACUGGUGCGGGUCCGAGCUCCGCGGGCGCAGCAGCAACAGCCUCAACAUCACCGUGACCGACUCGGACGUGAUCCUGCAGAGCCCCGCGCUGCCCGUGACGGAGGGCGACCGGCUGACGCUCCUCUGCGCGUGCCGGGGGGCGCGGGGGGAGCCGCCGCCCGCCGCCUUCUUCUACAAGGACGGGGCGAUGAUCGGCGAUCGGCCCGCGGCGAACGUGACCUUUGCGGGGGUGUCGCGGUCCGACGAAGGCUUCUACCGGUGCGCGGUGCCCGGGCGGGGGGAGUCCCCGCGGAGCUGGCUGGCCGUGAGAGUCGCGGCUGAGCCCCCGCCCCCAACCCCGCCCCCUCGCCCACCUGUGCCCAGGCUGGCGUGUGUCGUCCUGCUGGUGGUCCUGCUGGUGGUCCUGCACGUCCUCCUCGUGGCAGUCUGCGCGAAGGUGCGCAGGAAGGUGCGCGGGGACGCCUCCGGACAUCCUCAAAGUUAAAACUUCACGCAACCCACAAGUUAACGCAAGUCAACCAGCAUCCAGACGGUAAAUUAUUGGAGGGGUUUAAGCAGAAGAGCACAAAUAGACAUUAUGAAACAUGUGAUAAGGUGAAGUGUAGAAUUGUAGUUUGUGUGUUAUUAGAUUUUAGUUAUUACAUUAGAUUAAUAAUUGCAGUAUGACGUAUAACACAAUUUAUCGUGGUUUAAGUCCUUUAAUUAUUGUGCACACAUCCUGCCGCAAUGUAAAGUUAAAACCUGGGGAGGGUCAAUCUGCCUUCCUGAUGGAUUUGUUCCACCUUUUCUCCCCAAAGAAGGUUUUUUUUUCACCUGCAAACAUUCUGAAUAUUGUCAAGUCAAACAUAAUGGAUCAAAUGUGAUGAACUGUGAUGAUUUAAGAUGUGUUAUUACAUUACAUUACAAUUCAUUUAGCUGACACUUUUAUCCAGAGCGACUUGCAAGAAGUGCAUUCAACCAUAAGGAUACACACUUUAUCCUUAAAGUGUGCUAGAAGAUGAUGUUAUUCACGCCACGUUAUGUUCACAUGAAGAAGCUUUAAGUCAAAGGUGUGGCCGCUGAACGCGCGGUGGUGUUAAGUGAACAGGGGUCGAUCAGGUCAGCGAGGGAUUCCACAUCCGUCCAGCAGAGGGCGUCACGUGACUUUCUAUUCGUGUUCGUAUUGCUUCUGUUAGUUCUUACAUUAUUUAUAGUUUGUAAACUCGAGAUUCUUCUGACUCUUCCCCUCUGGCCAGGUCGAAGGGAAAAAGGAGCCGAGCCUCUGUUCUGCAGUUUAUUCAUUCAAAUGAAGGCUCCACUAAAAGUCUCUCCUCUCCUUGCAGCUCGAGCUGAAUCAAAGAAAAGAUCCGUGAAGAAGAAAACCAGCACAUUCAGACCAAUGACUUUGGACAUUGGGCUUUUAUUCCUGCAGACAGAAACCACCCAGCGGCCGGAUUUGAUGGAGUUGACGCCAUUUUUCAGCUUGUCGACCAUUUAAUACAUAUUAUUUAAUACAAGACGGUGAAGGUUGGAUUAAAUGGCUGAAUUGAGUGUAGCGCCUGUGAGGCCUUUCUAGUCAUGAACAAUUGUAAUAAUGUAAAUUACGUGGAAAAACAAGGAUACAAAAGACUGGAACUGAAAGUGGACCUAAAUCAUAAUGCACAUUGUCUGAGGAGGUGAAAGCGUCUCAGAGGGCCCUUUAUUUACACAUUUAUCCGAUAACUAAUAGUGUGUUUGCAGAUAACAGGGUUGGUCGUUGAAAGAACGCGUUGCAUUGCCUCCUCGCCGGAUCACACACACACACACCCUGUUUCCUCUCGUCUUCACAACAACUCUGAAUAAAUGCUGAUCUGAGCACUUUUAUAAAUAAAAUAAAGAAACAGCUUAUUAAUUUUCCAGGUA